AUGGCCUCGUCCUCCGCGCUGAUCGCGCUCCUUGUUGUCCUUGGCUGCGCUGCGGCGGCCUCCGCGGCCACGUUCACCGUCGGAGAUGGGCAAGGGUGGACGACCGGCGCCAACUACGCCACCUGGGCCAGCGGCAAGACCUUCGCGGUUGGAGACAAGCUCGUGUUCAACUACGCGAGCCAGGCCCACACAGUGACCGAAGUCACCAAGAGCGAGUACGACGCCUGCUCCAGCAACGCCAACGGUGACAACAGCGGCGCCACCACCAUGACCCUCAAAGCCGGCGCGAACUACUACAUCUGCACCAUCGGCACCCACUGCGCCGCCGGCAUGAAGCUAGCCGUCACCGCCGGCGACUCCAGCCCCGGUACCCCCGCGGCGGGGACGCCGCCCACCACCCCGUCCGGGUCCGGCGGCUCCCGCGUGCGCAUGGAGGCCGGCCCCGUCCUCGCGGCCACCGCCGGCGUCCUCCUCAAGCUCGCCCUCUUCUGA